CUGCGCAUGCUUGAUCCGCGUGAGCAUGACUAAGCUAAAGCGGAAGUGUCAUGGCGCCGCUAGUGUUUGCUUCAACGUUGAAAGCAGCAGCAGAAAAUUGUUUCUGAUAACUGGCAGGUUUUAGAGGGAAAAACACCGAUUUACGACCACCGAGGAACUACCGUCGGCCACCAGGUUUGUAGUUUGUUCAAGUUCAAGAUGGCGGACUCUGGGGAGUCCAGCGGUCAACGUGUUCCCACUCCUGCGAGCACCAGCAGCAGCAGCAAUGUGGGGCUCCUGAUGGGCCGUCGACCACCAGCUGGACUUUCUCCAGGGCGCCUCCCUUCCAUGCGGUCAAGGGACCUCACCCUGGGAGGAGUGAAGAAGAAAACCUUCACGCCUAACAUCAUUGGCCGAAAAGUUAAAGAGGAAGCCAAAGUUGAGUCUGAUCAGAGGAGAGAUCGGAGAGGCGCAGAGCGUGGUCGAGGGCCGAGGGACAGAGGCAGAGGCCGAGGUCGCCAGGAGGUCAUUCAGUCCCACUCUAUUUUUGAGCAGGGACCUGCUGAGAUGAUGAUGAAAAGAAGAGGUGGAUACGAAAGCGAAAGAGAUGCUCCGAACACGGGGCCUUCACCCAUCAUUAAUAUUAAAAAGGAGAAGAGGGAGACUGAAGAGGAGACCAAAGAAAUUCUGCGCAAGCUGGAACGGGACAAUUUUAUUGACGACCCCUUCCUGAAAAGUGAGCAGAGUAGCUGUCCCGUCCAGCUCCCCCUUUCUGUGUCAGGAUGGGGAUUUAGGGAAGAGUUCAGUAAAUCAGCUGUUAGACGUGAGAAGUCAGAAGAGGGGGAUGAACCCAUGGAGUCUGAAGUAAUAGUGAAGCAAGAGCCAGAGGAAGUUGAAAUACAGAGGAGCGAGGCAACAUUUAGACCUCCUCCUCUUCCUGAGCCUGAAGUUCUUCCUGACCUGCUGCAUAAAUGGAGUCUGGACAAAGGAGAAGAGCUGUUUUUCAUUCAGCUGCCUGACUCUCUUCCUGGUCAGCCUCCUACCAAGGAGCACAGGCCCGUGAGGACAGAGGUGCAGUCCGAGGACGGACAGUCUGUGCUUCUAAAAACCGAGUCUCAGGAAGAGGAAGGUGAAGAGAACAGCUGUAACUUGAAGGAUCUGCGAGAGGGUUUGGUGGGAAAGAUGCUGGUGCGGAAGUCAGGACGGGUGCAGCUCAUACUGGGACAGGUGACACUUGAUGUGUCUUUGGGAGCGUCGUGCUCUUUCUUACAGGAGCUGGUAUCCAUUAAUCCGGAGGGUAAAACCGGCACCCUGACUGUACUUGGAAAUGUCAAGCACAAAAUGGUUUGCUCUCCGGACUUCGAGGCUCUACUAGAGAAGAGUGCUUGAUGCUCAAGAGGCAUCGAGGGACUAGGUUUACUCUGCACCUGUUAAAACAUUAGCAGGAAGAAAACUGAAUGGACUUUCUAAAACUCAGUAGUGAUAUUGCUAAUUUUUGUUUUGCUUUGUUCAUAUUAGUUCCAACAGUGUUUUUGUAAAAUCAAUGUAUAUAAGCAAAGUUUUAUUUUGAUCUCAAUGAUUAGAUUAAAAAAAUAAGCAAAUUGCAUUUCACAUUUGCAAGAGUGUGCAUAGAUAUAAAGUAAAAAUGUGAAUAAAUUAAAGUUUACUUCUGUG